UUGUCGAUACCACACAAUUUAAAGUUACAAUGUUUACCAUUAAAGUUUACGUUUCAUUAAUUAUCCUACAUUUUAAUGUACAAAAUAUAUUUUGUGAAAAUUAUACAACAGAGAUAAUUAAGAAUUUAAAUGUAAAUAAAAUAAAAUUGGGUAUUAAUGGAUCGCAAGAUUCACUUAUAGAGCCUAAUAUGCUUUGUUUAUCGCAAAGUGGUGAAACUGGAGUAUGUAGACUUUAUCGAGUUUGUAUCAAUCAAGGUGGCCAAGCUUCCGGUAAUUGUCGAUUAAGCGGACCAAGAGUUUGUUGUAUAACGAAUUCUCAAAGUGGUGCUGUAAAUAAUAAUCCGUUUUAUUAUCAAAAUCCAGGAUAUCCAAGUGCUAUUACUCCUACAUCAGAUUAUCAAGAUACCUAUUCUAUAUACAAAGCAAAACCAAGUUACGUACAGGUUAGAUUAGAUUUUAUUCAAUUUAACAUCCAAGGAGACCUUACUGGCACAGGUUGCAGUGUUGACACAUUUAGUGUAUAUAAUGGAGAAUACAGGACACCAAGUAUUUGUGGCACAACAUCUGGAACAAGUUUAUAUGUUAGAUUUUCUGGUAAUAAUCCAAUUCAGUUAUCAAUACGAUUAGAUUCAUUGGCAUCUGCAGAGAGUCGUUUAUGGAACAUACGUAUUACACAACUUUCAUCGUAAACAGAAUUAUUUCGACAACAUGUGCGACAAUUAGUUUCGCUAAUAAAGUAGGCGAAAGAUAUACAAAAAAAAAGUAAAUAAACAAACUAUAGUAAAAAUAGGUUAGUUGUAUUAACAUUUUCCUGUUUUUUUUUUUCAUUUUACAUUCAGCAAGGUUGUUUCUUCUUUAAACAAUUUCCUGAUCAUUAUUCAUUUGCUCAUCCAUCAAAAUAUACUGAACGUGUUCCCAUAAUAUGAUCGGUCAAAGAACGGCCUCAUCAUCAUGAACAACAACAACAAUAUCUUUCUUCGUCGUCAUGUUGGAAAUGAAUGUUUUACGGAA